CAUAAGUAUGAGCACUUCCUCUUUUGUCUGAGUUUGUACUAGAUCUGCAGGGCAGAAUCAGUGUGCCGUGGAGAGAGACUGGCUAUUCUUCUGUUCUACAAUCAGCUCCACCCAGUGCCUUUGCUCCUCACUAAUACUGUGACAUGAUUGGAGCAGAGAGAAUCAUCCUCAUUGGCUGCCUGCUGCAAGGAACCCUGGGUAGAAAGUGGGAAAUCUGGAUGCCUCAGAGUAUAGAAGCUCUUAGUGGAUCCUGUGUGCUGAUUCCCUGCAGAUUUGAGAUCCCAUCUGAAUAUGACGCAGAGCUGGCACAGUGUACACAAACAGUUAAAGGAAAGUGGUUGAAGGACAAAACUCUUUUGUUUGAUUCCAGCAAGCAGUCGGGACCUCCUCUGCAGGGGAAGAUUGCUGAAAACCUAGCACAGAAGAACUGCACUACAGUCCUGGAGAACCUUCCAUUGAGUUAUAGUGGUCAAUAUCACUUCAGAUUAGAAUGCGAUACAAUACUCAAAGCGACGUUUCCUCCACCUGUUGAAAUUAAUAUCACAGACUCUCCACCCAAACCCAAGUUAACCCCAGAGAAGGUGGAGGUGAUGGAGGGGACCUCUGUGAGUUUGAGCUGCUCUGUUGCAGCCCCCUGUCCCAAACUCCCCCCAAAUCUGACAUGGACCCCCAGGCUGAGUGACAGUGUGGAUCAACUGCACGAGAAUGAGGAUAAAACCACAUCUGUGUCUUCUGUUCUGACCUUCACUGCUUCCCACCUCCACCAUAGGCAGAAGAUCACCUGCAGGGCACUUUACACACUGCAACAAGGAGGCAAUCAGACGUCUGAGGCCAGUCUGACUCUCAAAGUUCUAUACAUGCCUCAGAUCUCUGGCUCUGGGAGCUGCAGCAGAACUGCAGCAGAGAUCAGCUGCUCCUGUGAGAGCCGUGGGAAUCCCUCUCCCAGCAUGGAGUGGCAUGUGUCUGGACUGCGGGUCACUAACUCUACUGACAGAGUCAUCAGGGAGGAGCAGCUGGGGAACACAGGCCUGAGGAGCUCCCUCACCAUGCGCCACUCACAGGGAGACACGGCUGCUCUCCUCUGCCUCAGUACCAACGCUCUCGGCACCUCCAGCCUCCAGCUCCAUGUCCCAUCUCCACACUCAGGUGUCAGCGUUCCCUCACUGCUGAUUGGUGCAGCUGCUGGUGUUGCUGCCAUGGUGAUAGUGUGCCUCAUCGUGAAGGCCAUUCAAAAGCUGGCCAGGAAAAAAAGGGACAGCCAGUGUUGUGAAAGUGGGUGGAAGGACACAGAAGAGAGUUCUCCCCAAUCAGAAGAAGAACCAGUCUACUCCAACCACUCCAUGGCAACCACCCAACCCAGGGACCCACAGCUGGGAGGGACAGACCCACAGCCCCUGGCAGAGGACCGAAACAAGGCAGAGCUGGAAACCAUGCAUUACGCCUCGAUAAAGCACUCCCCCCGCUCCGUGGAGACACAGGGCCAGGAUGCCCGUGAAGGAGCCGCAGGUCACGGUGACGAUGUGGUCUAUUCACAGGUGGCCCGGAAGAAGAAAACCAAGAAGGGAAAGCAACAGGAUGGGGAGGGACUGGGAGAGGGGCAGGGGGAAAGGGAGGGGCAGUGGGAGGGCUAG